CUGUUCCGUAGCUAUGAACGCUAACAUUUUUCCGAUGUCGGCUCAGGAAGCCUGCAGGUAGUAUCGCACCAUGGCUCAAGUGAACAAGACUGGGCAGAAUAGAAGGCGGCCCAAGGAACCCAAAGCCUUUUAUGAGAAACCUGCUGACGUCACAACAAGCUCUGACAUCAUCAAGGAAGCCCGGUCGUCACUACGCACAGUACGCACAAAGCGACCAUUCACGCCGUUGGAAGAUAAACGGACACUUUUUAGUGGAAGUGUUCCGCGAAGUCCAAAUGACAGACCUCCUUCUGCAUUUAGCCUGGGUGCUCGGCAUUUUGAUGGCAGCGAUUCUCGACCAUCAUCUGGAACAAGGCUUACCCCUCUUGAACAUAUGCCAAGCCAAUCCAUCAGUCCAGUAUCCCCCUCUUCCAGCGCUGAAUACGUUCCCCAUCUGGCCAAACCCCCAAAGCCCCCACCUCUGGAUUCAACCCGAGCAACGUCCGGAAAGCGACGGAUGCACACCAAGUUGAAGAGCGCCCUUAGUCAAGAUGGUCUUGCAGUUCAAAUUUUACCCCAACCCUUAGAGAGGCAGCUAUCCAACCCUCUUCCGUCCCCGACUCAUCAGGAGCUCCUUCAGAGGAGGGUCCACAGUGGGCCAAAGGAGAGGACGAAGCCCCCGUCUGAAGACGGGAUGCCGAGAGUAAAAUCUGCAGACAGUGUACCAGUCCAUAGAGAGAAAUCUCGGGUUUCCAGCAGCACGUCAGCGAGGGCUGAGAGUGGCUAUGUUAGCGACCGAGUCUCCAGCGGGAGUCGAUCUGGGGGUAGUAGUAGGGAAGAAGAGACGCCGGAGGAGGCCCUCUAUUGGAAUACGAAGGUCAGCCCAGUACUGGAGGGAAUGGUUCCGGAACAUAUAGGCAAAGUACCAGAAGCAGAAGAGGAGCGGUUAUGCGCAGCCUGCAGUGCCCUCUAUGACGUACUUGAAGAGGGAUCAAUGUUCGGCAGGGCCUGCAAGCGACGGAGAACAGCGCUGCGGUCGAUAUUUAAGUUAACCGAUGUCAGCAAUCCCAGGGUGCAACUGCAGUCUGCCAGGCUCAUGAUGGCACUUGGUGUAAAUGGAAGUAACUUAAACACUUUGAGUAAACUCAUCUUGAAAGUUAGCAAGGACAACAACAAUGAUCUGCUAUUUAUGGAACACAACAUUGUGGAUUUGAUCGUUGCUCUAAUGAGCGAUCUAGACUUCAAGACGCAGUCCCAUGAGCUUCUAGUCUACCUCGUUGGUUCAGUCAGGUUCCUGACUCAGAACCACUACAAGGUUCUGGAACGCUUUGUCCAACUUGGAACUAUCGAGCAUGUUAUGAGGAUCAUGAAGUCAGUCAAUGAAGCGAACUCUCAUGGCGGCAAGCUAGCCAAGGGGUCAGCAGGGAUCAUGCUCCAGCUCAUCGCAACGAUGCGUAACUUCGUGGACCACAAGGACCAUUACGCACUCUUCAUUUCCCAUAAUGCCAUUCCGGAGAUUUGUCGCUCCAUGGACUUGUACCCGAGCGACUCCGAAACCAUGAUGCACGUCGCUAGAAUAUUCAGUAAACUGACCCUCAACCCUGAGUGUUGCACUGUCUUAGGCGAGUACCCAACAGCGUUUCAGUCCAUCUUGGCUCUACUCAGUCGAUACCAAGACCAAAGUUAUACCGUCGUCAGACUGAGCUUUGCCCUGGGGAAUCUUACGGCCAAGAACGACGACUUCAGAUAUUGUUUGUUCAACGCAGAGAACGCCAUGGAAGUCAUCUUGAAUGUUCUACGACAUCACUUUGUUAAAAGUUUACAGAAAUCAAAAUCUGGUUCUGCGGAGCCGGCCAAGUCUCCAGACGGGGAUGUCGAGUAUGAGAACUCAGCAAGCCUCGUUGAAGACGUGUUGAUUAAGUUGAUUAGAGUCAUUGCCAAUCUCUCUAUCAACCAAGACAUCGGGCCGCUUAUAGCAUCAAAUGAGAACUGCGUGGAUCAACUUAUGCAGAUACUCGAAUAUAAAGACAUUCGUACCAGCGAGGAGUUAGUUUUGAACACAGUGAUCACAAUCAAUAAUCUAUCGUUUUAUGACGUCAUCGGUAGCUGUAUUGUGGAGAGACAAGCAGAAAUUUCCAGACUGGUGCUGAAGUUACUGAUGAACGAUAACAUGGAAGCCAUGAUAGAAGCGUCCAGAGUUUUUGGCAAUCUGUCCCGCACUGUUGAAGUCAGAGAUUUCUUGACAUCCAAAAAAGUGGAUGAGAUGAUGGUGACGUUACUUGACGCAGGCAACAUGGAGAUCGUUUACACCGCGUGUGGGGUGCUCAUUAAUAUGAUGGCAGAUGAACAUAGGAGGCCGGUACUCAAAAAGGAGGGCGGAAUCAAAAAAUUAACGGAUGUCUUGGUUGACUUUGGUCGAUCGGAUUGGCAGCUUGCCAGCAUGGUCUGUAAGAUGUUAUGGAACUACAGCGAAAACAUCACAAACUCCGUCGAGUGCUUCGGGGAGCAGGAAGCAGGAAACCUCAUCGAUAAACUGGCAGAUUUUCUUGAUGAAGACACGGCAAUGGAGGCUCCAGAGGGAGUGGACUGGGACCCCGAGACCAUGGACUUCAUGAGGUCAAACUGGCGGACGGAAUUCUGCCCCGUGGCGGCGCAGCUUCUAAACAGGGUGGAGCAACACCAGGCAGACUUGGUACCCAUCGGCGGUGAGGCCCCUUGAGGGCCAUCUUUGUCUAGUAACUGUAAUGUGUGGUAUUGAAAUGUGCACAGCACACCCAAGGUGCCAGCUUGUUUUGUUUUUUAUAAUAGAUGGAAAUUUGCAUCGGGAUAAAGAAUAUUAAUUUUGGGUUUUACCCAUACACACUGAUGUGUGUUAUCACUGUAUACUCAGUACUUACCAGAGUUCUGGGAAGAAAAUCAGAAGCAUAAUACUCGGGUGGGAUUCAAGGGAUUUGAACCCACAACCUUUGCAAUUCUAGAGCAGUGUCUAUUAAUAGUGUCAAACUCAUUGUCACAAACAGAAUAAUGAAAAAUAAGAUAUUAUUAUUUUUUUUGUAUGUAACUUCCCCAAAUUAAAAUCUUCCAUUCCUACUUCCUGAUUGUUCUUUGAAGAAAAUUUCUGUUGCUGCAAUCUCCUAGAAUAUUUUACCAACAAAAUCGCAAUCAAAGCAGGUCUCCAAGUAAAAUGUUCACAAAUUCCACGUCAUGCUUUUGUAAAGGAUUGUCCCCAAGAUAUGCAUAAUUUUAUCUCGUUAUUAUUUUUCUUACGAGAAAGAUUUUUUUUUUUUCAAAAAUUAAAUGGAGUGUUGAGUGAGUGACCAAUUUGAGUACCUGUACAGUGAACUAUUUAUGGUAAAAACUUAUAAUAGCUGUGUCAAAUGCUUUAAAUUAUCAAUUUUAGGUUUGUUUUAUGUAAAUAGUUGCACUUUUAAACACACCUGUGAAUAUUCAAACCGUCCAAAAUAUGGGUAUUGUUAUUAAAAUACUUAAAGUACAGUCUACAUGGUUUGCGUUUGGUCACUUUUCCCAAAUUUGUGUGACGGCAGGGCCCAUUUUCAUAAAGCCUGUAAGCACAAAAACUUGCUUAGCAUGAAAUUUCUUCCUUUAUAAAAAGAAGAUUAACAACCAAAUUUCCCUGCGAUUUUCAGGUUAACAAAACAACAGCUGAAUGCCAGUAACAAGCAAUAUGCAACAAAUUAAAAUUUGGGUGGUAAUCUUGUUUUUAUCAG